AUGCUCGACCCAGACGGACUCCCCGGCCGGCCUCGCUCGACUCCGCUGCCGCCCGAGAGGCGGGUUGCGCUUGUCGGCUCGAGCGGCGGCUCGACGCAGCGAGGCAGCGUGCAGACGGCCGUCUCCGCCCUCGCCGCACAGCUCGCUGGCAUUGGCCGCGCACACGAGGUCGACUCGUAUGCGGACGAGGGCUGCGGCUGCGCAGGCGGGGCUGGCGGCCGAGGCUCCGGCGCCAUCGACCUCUCUUUCCUCGUGUUUGUGGGCUGCGAGUCGCCGCUGGACGGCGCUCCAGGGCGCGCGACCGCCGCUCUGCACGCGACCGCCUCGCUGUGGUGCUUCCCGGACGCGGCGCCUGCCGCCUCGGGGCGGGCCGCCAUUCGGAUGCGAGGCGAGCUGCACGCUGUGAACCGGCUCGCGCGAAAGGCGGACGAGCGGCUGGCCGGCGUGAUUGCGCGCGGAGACAUCGACGCGCUCGUCCUCGUCCGUCGCCUAGGCAGCACCAACCGCGCGUCGCUGCUCGCCGCCGCGGCGGCGGGCCUGCCCGUGGUCGGCACAGGCGGCAGCUCGCUCGGCGAGGCGGCGAGGAUGGGGGUCUCUGUCUUGGAGGCGGGGGGGUCGGUCGGCACUACGCCGCGCUCCCGCGCCGUCGCGGCGGCCGCCGCUCUCGCGGCGCACUGGCGGCUGCCCUACUCUGUCCAGCUGCCGCCGCCGCAGCUCGGCCUCGGCCCUGUCCUCGACGCCACUCUCCCUGUCACUCUCUCGCUCAGUCUCUGGGGCGUGGCCGCGCUGCUGCUCUCGCCCGCGUUCGCCGCAGCGACCCGCUCGCUCCUCGCCCUCCUCGCCCUCCCUGCGCAGCUGUGGUCGGGCGGCGGGGCCGGUGCCGUGCUCUCGCCCCUCCUCGGCUACUACCACGCCGCGGUCCUCCCGCUCAUCCUCCUCGAGAUGGAGGGCGGCGCCUUCUCCGUCCUCGGCGCGCUCGACGCCGCGUGCCUCGAGCAGAAGAACGGCUGUGAAGAAGGCUCCGCGUGCCGCCGCGCGCUCGCCAUCAACAUCUGGUUUGGCGACUUUGUCGAGGCGCACAGCACGCCCGCGUGCUACCCGUACAUGGCGCGCGAUGGCUACGCGCGGCCCUCGGAGGCGCGUUCGUCGAGCGCCUACUUGCCCAUCCCCAUCGCCACCGCCGUGUGCGACGCGCCGCUGCCCUUCGCGGCCGCGUGCGCGUCCGCUUUCCUGGUGCCGUUCGUGGGCACCCUCCUGCGCAGGAUGCCGCCUCUUGCCGCGUGGGGGCUCCUCUCGGGCCUCUCCGACACCAAGGACGCCGCCGGCCCGUCGCGCCGCCGAAUGUCUCUCUCGCGGUCGUCGUCGUGUCACUCGGAGCUCCCCUUCUCCGCCGCGGCCGAUCAGCGUCACCAGCAUUAG